AUGACUACUCAAAGAGUCGUACCUCAUCCCUCGGAAAAGACUUGGGAAAGGCACAAGGCUACGAUUAGAAAGCUUUACCUGGAAGAAAACAAAACGUUAGAUGAGGUUAUGAGGGCCAUGAAUGCUAGUCAUGGCUUUGUAUCGACCAAGUCAAACUACGAAAGGAGAAUAAGACGAUGGAAAUUUCGCAAGAAUCAUGCCGCAGUGCAGUGGAAAGCUGUUGUGCGGAGAGUCCAAUCGAGGCAACGGUCUGGAAAAGAGAGCAACGUGUAUAUCGACAGUCGAUUUGUCCCACCUAAGAAACUACGACGGAAGGUCUCUCUUUAUUGCUCUAGUCUUCGAUUUGGAAACAAAAUAUCUGAUACAGAAAAUCCACGCGACCUUGAUGGCGUCAUUAUCCAAACUCCACCGCCUGAAAGAGUAGUCUCAAUCAGGACAGACAACCUCCCAUUCGUCCAGUAUGAUGCUGCUUUCUGCACGAGAGGUAUGUCACCGCGGCUCAAAUGCUAUGUGUUUCAGCGGUACAAUGCGGAUGUCCCAUUCCACACUCACCUUCUGCUUUUUGCCCUUGCGUUACACACAUCACUUACCUUAAUGCUAGGAGAGGUUCGCGAUGGUCAGCAUCACUCGAAUGACAUCGAGUUCCAGCCUAGAGAACUUCAAAUCUACAAGGAACAAGACUCGGCUUACCAGCCUGGAUUUGUUGCAAGCUGCGUCCCACCACGAAUUAUCGAUUCGCUCAACCAUCAGCAGCUUGCUGCAUGCCAUUUUCAGAGGGUUAUUCCCAAGCUCAAGUCCUUGCUGCCAUCUAGCGCAACCAGAGAAUACUCCGCGGACUCUUCGAUCAGCGUCGAUUUCUUGUGUUCAACAUACACGAGACUUCUCCUUUUCUCAACAUUAAAUAAUUUUGCCGGGCUUGAUGACUUUCCGCUAGAGUGCCUCGUGUAUUACUUGCAAGAGAAAGCAAACACGUUCCUGCCACGAAUUCGACCAUUCUCAUGGCUCAUGGUCAAAGCCUUGACAGGAAACUUCUUUCAAGCGGCUGCAAGUGCAGGCAAUGAUCACGUUGUCGAAGUUCUGUUACAAGACUGGGCUACUAGUAUUGGAGCUAACAAGCAAGUCUUUGUCGAUGGCGACAAACGAUACACAGCACUACAGCGGUCCUGCCUGCUUCAUCACGUUGCCGUCACUAGAGUCCUCCUUCGACACGGUGCAGACGUCAACCGGAUGAUCCAGAGUUAUGGACAGUCAGACUGGAGCGCUCUAGAGCUUGCAAUUGGCUGUCACAGGGACGAACGUGACAAACCGCCGCCUGUACCACCAGAGCUUGUGCUACUGCUAGUUGAAAACGGCGCUAAUUUUGGUUACCAGCUACUUCGCCAUGUAAUCAUGCGUGGACAGCUCCAAGUACUGGAAAUUCUCUUACACAAACUUGUUCAAGUGAAUCCGGUUGACCUGCUUACGUUUGGGUUCUUCCACAAAGCGCUUGACAAUGUCGAUAGCGAAAUGGCUAUGCGAAUCAUCAACCUCACCUUGCAAUCCAACGUUAACCUCAAUUACGGCUUCUCGAUGAUUGAGUGUUGCAAGGAAAAAAGACAUCUAAUUGAAAUAGCACAAAAGGGAAAUGUCGAUGCGGUCCAGAAACUCUUUGAUGCAGGGGCCGUCAUGACGAAAGACAUACUUUCAUACGCAAUUCACAGUGGGGUAAUGGUUCUUAUUGAUUCUCUUCUGGCUAAAGGAGCAAACAUCGACAGUGUUGUCACUCUCGAGGUAGAAGGACGACGCACCAUUUAUUCAACACCACUUGCGGAGUCUAUUCGUCUAGGUGUGCCCGAGCUCACUCAACUAUUGCAGAGUAAGGGUGCCCUUGAGCGGAUUACGGAAGAAAGAAGAUUCAAGGCCGUGAUUCAAGCUGCUUCAGAAGUCGGAAAUGUCAACUUCAUCCGACUCCUGACCGACAUUGACCCAGAUUUAAGGAGGUUCAAAGACGAGGAAUUUUUGUGGCAUGCUAUCACAGGAGAUCACGAAGAGGCUGCUGUCUUGUUAAUCAAUCACGGAGCACGUAUACAAAGAGAUGGUAGCUGGCCAACCAGAUGCUCGCUUACAGAAGCAGUGAAACGAGGUCGUUCACUCCUAGUGAGGAAGAUUCUCAAUGCCGAGCCUGAGGGACGACCAUGCCAUCCGUGUGGUAGCUCGCCUCUUCAGAUUGCGAUCAAGUCCGGAAAUAUUUCUCUGAUUCAAGAUCUGAUAGCUGCAGGAACCGAUGUCUCCGCCCCUCACCUUCCAACUGAACUUCUUCACCAAUCACCGCUGUCAGCCGCCGUGGAAAUAAAUGAUAUGGACUUGGUUGCGUUGCUGAUCAAGAACGGGGCUCAAAUAAACUUCACCGGCAUCACGUUCCACGACGAUGAGACAGUACUUGAAACGGCGGUUAGAACAGGAAGGACCAGCAUGAUUUACAAAAUUUUGUCAUACGAUGCAGAUCCUUGUGACUCAAGAGCGCUACUCGCUGCUGUUCAAAGCAACAAAUCCGUCAUGCUUCUACUACUCAAAGAAUUCAGGAAAAGAUAUCCCCUUGGGAGACCUGGCUAUGGAGUUCGCGUUCUUGGCAAUGCCAUCGAAGAAAAUGAUUUCGAUUUGAUCAAACUGCUCCUCGAGUACAACGUUGACGCCUCGGGAUAUAUCAAGGGUUCGGAACUGAAUAGUCUUGGAACCGUCUGGAAGACUCCGCUUGCGAUUGCAAUUGAAAGCAACGAGGGAACAAGACUUCAAGUAGUUGGUUUGCUUUUGGAUGCAGGAGUGAACCCGGACAGUUUUGUUCGCUGGUACCUCGACUCUCGGAGGGAAACAGCACUUCUUGUUGCAAUCAAGCUGAAAAGUAUUCAGAUGGUGAAGUUUCUCCUAGAUUCCGGAGCCAGUGUAAACUUCCCGCCGAACAUGGGUGUGAAAAGAACCCCGUUGCAACAAGCUGCAGAGGUUGGCGACAUGGCUAUGAUUCAGAUCCUUAUAAGCCACGGUGCUCAAGUCAACGAUGCACCUGCCUACAUUGGAGGCGCGACCGCAUUACAGCUGGCAGCGAUCGGGGGCUAUGUUGGCAUCGCUGAAUUUCUCCUACAAGCUGGAGCAGACCUAUAUGCAUCGGGUGCCACCGUCUACGGACAGACCGCUCUCGAGGGUGCCGCUAAACACGGCCGCCUCGACAUGGUCAAAUUCCUCAUCAAUGCAGGGGCUUUGAACGCCGGUGACAGGUAUCGGUGCUCUGAAAAAGCCACGCGACUGGCUUUGAAUCACGGACACUGCGCAGUCGUAGACUUGCUCAGGUCAUCUUUACUGCCAGAUGGAGAUUACUAUCCCCACGAAUUGAGUCCAGGACCUGCAAUUAGGAGAAUCGCUCCCGGCGAUUUUAGCGUCUCGGUGGCAAGCCAUGAUCUUUUUCAUAGAAUCAGAAAGGAUGGGGAGGACGGCGACUUACCUUUAGACGUAGUGGUAAGAAGAUUAUGGGGAUAUCCGUAA